GCUCCGAAGUCCCAGACCUGGGCUUCCAGCAGCCGACCCACACUGCUCUCCGGGCGACGAGUCCGGGCUCCCGCGCGCAAAGUCCGCGCAGAGGAGGUCCCGCUGCGAACUUCUCGCUGCGCGGAGCUGUCUGCGUAUUUCGCCCAUGGAUAUCUGCACGGCGAGCUCCUGGAGAGUGCACAGUACACCUUGGACUACGUUGGCGAGCUUCGCACUUUCCGGUUCGAUGCCAGCGACGGGCCCGUUCAUGUCUGGCAGCACGCAAUGGACCUCCGGGAUCCUGCGUGCGACGGAUUCGUGGUGCUGUACCACUACACAAAUGCCCUGGCUUUUGAGAGCAUCGCCAACUCGGCGAAAUCGGCUGCCGAGCUCUUGUCAUCGCUGAUGGAGAAGCGCGCGCAGUUCGGCGAAGGAGUGUAUGCUUCUCAGCACGAGCCUUCC